UCGCGGGCCGGAGCCGGCGCAUACUUAUGGCGGGUGCGGCAGCUGCGUCGCCAGUGCACUCACCCGGCCCGCCCGACACGCGCGCCAACACGCUCGCCGACAUGCUCGCCAAGCUCCUGACGCUGGGUCUGCUGGCCCUCGCGACGCUCCCGGCGGCGCGCGCCAUAGACGAGGACGACAUAGGCGAUGACCCGGAUGAUCCCGUAGUACAUGAUGUCAUCGACGGAAUCACCGCGUAUAGGACGUUAGAAGCUAGACUGGUAAAAGGCGUGAAGAUGCACCGCGGCCCCUCCUACCUGAUACCUGCCGGACAAUGCGGGGCCCACCUGUACGAGCGGGACCUGUGCGGCGAGGGGCUGAAGCUGGCGUCGGCGGAGGUGUCGGCGGUGAACCCGGCCGGCAACGUGGACAGCCCCGACUACGCGUUCCCCCACGUGGGUAUCGAGCUCGAGGCUAAUCACGUGUCCGUGUGGAUAAAGCCCUGCGGCGUCGUGGCGUGGAACGUGGACCUGCGCCUGGGCUGCCUGCGCCAGGUGCUCUCUCGCAGCCGCAGCCGCGUGCCAGUGCCAUACCACUAUUAGCUCCGCUACACCUGGCAGCAUCCAGACCACACUCGCAGAUGGUAGACCACCGAUAAAGGAAUAUAGAAUAUUUGAAACUAAACAAUUCACUAGGCUCUUAUAUUCGCACGGUAGAAUAAAAAACGUAUUUUGUAAAGC